AGGAGGAUGCAGUGGGGGGUGGGGUUUCGCUGUGCUAUUUGCCCACAUUGUUCUCACAUUCUGCAACUCAGCACUGCUGUUCAUGGGCACUACUGCCCCAAAUCCCCCCAGCAGGAAGCGCAGGGGUGUUCAUUGGGUUUAGCACUCAUCGUCCACCAGGGGGGCUGGGUCACCCCCCCCCACCACCUGAGCGUCGUUGCUUCCUCCCCGGGUGUUUCUGCUACUUUCGUUGGGAGUAAGGUGAGCGGCCAGCGCAGGAUGGGGUCCAGGCAGACAGCGUUUCGGCUCGUCUCUCCUGAGGCAUCACCUCCAGGACAGGAGCUGCAGCAGCACGAGGCCCCACUUGGACAACGUGUCUCUUCAAGUCCAUCUGGCCUCGUGCCUCAUGAAAUUCCUGUCCUAGCGCAUUCCUCACAGGGAGGGGAUGGGAGGGGAAGGGCCAAGUGAAGGUAACGGGGCAGGUGGGGCACUUUGGAGCACCUGUAGGCGGUCAACAGUUUGUUUUUCGGGAGUUGAGUUCUGUUAUCUGAGAUUUAAGUCGUGACUUUUUUUGUUGCACAACUGAACUUCCCUUUCCUGUCUGUUUUUGAGUACAGCUGUACUGCAGAGGUAUGUUGAUUUCCCCCUCCCCCAAGGUGCACUGGCUCGCCUUACAACCAAAGCUGGGACCAGAAUUCUAACUUCUUUAUAUUUUCAAAGUUCAUUUUACCACUAACUCACAGCAAAAAAAGGCUACAUAACAGAUACAGCAACGAUACAUACAUACUUUUACUGAAUUCCAUCCGUAUUGAAAUUAUACUUAGUCUCCACAUGUUUAUCUGGAGCAUUUGGUUGGUUUUUUUUUUUUUUUUUUGCCACAUUUUGUUUACUUUGAUCUCCAUGGAAACUGUCUUUUACUCUUGCUACAACAAGCACCAACACCAGAUGUGAACUGCUAAUACGGUGGAAGUGGGUGUCAUGUCCAGCUACCUGUACUACGUGCUACCUGCCCUCGGGGGCUACACCCUCACGUCGCUGUACCUGCUCAAGAACCCACAGGUGCUGCACGGGAAGAAGUGUGUGGCGUUCCGUUGCAGGCACAUCUCACACAGAGGGGGGAGCGGGGAGAGGAUCGAGAGCACAAUGGAAGCGUUUACACACGCGGUGGAGGCCGGCACAGAGAUGCUGGAGCUUGACUGCCACAUGACAAAGGACGGCUACGUCAUCGUGUCGCACGAUGAGAACCUGCUGCGGCAGACCGGUGUCGACGUCAACAUCUCAUCGGUGAACUUUGAGGAGCUGCCGCUAUACAAAGAAAGGCUGGAGGUCACCUUUCACGAUGGACACUUCAGCACGGGCACCGACAGGAAGUUUGCACUGCUGGAAGAUGUGUUCCGGGCCUUCCCAAAGGUUCCCAUCAACAUUGAGAUCAAAGAAGACAACGAUGAGCUCAUCAAGAAGGUGUCCUCGCUUGUAAAAGAGUAUGACAGAGAGAAAAUCACCGUGUGGGCCAGUGUGAAAUCUCUCAUCAUGGACAAAUGCCGGAAAGAGAACCCAGAGAUGCCCUACAUGUUCACGGUGAGACGGGGACUGCAGCUGCUCCUCUUCUACUACUGUGGCCUGCUGCCAUUCCUGCCCCUGGGGGAGAGCUUCCUGCAGUUCUACCUACCGCAGGUGUACAACAGAAAUUACAUCCCUGACUCCUGGAUUCUGAGGAACAGAUUCAUCAUCUUCCUAAUGCAAAAGCUGACCAUGAGGAGAAGCCUCUUUAGGCACUUGGCUAAACGCGGCAUUCAGGUUCACCUUUUUGUCUGUAACAACACGGAAGACAUCGAGGCGGCCUUCGCUUUCGGAGCCACGGGGGUCAUGACCGACUACCCCAGCCUUCUGUCGGAAUACCUCCGCUCUCAUCCCCCGAAGGCGGUGCCUUGCGUGGAGCCGCCUGGUCACUGAGGCACCGGGAGCCCCGUGUUGACCAGGCUGACCGGCGUGACGCGUCUCUCUGCCCCCUUCCAUGAUAAAUGUCUGACAGGCUGGGCUACAACACACUCUUUGUGUCCCCUUAGUCUGUUUAGCCUGUUUACAAUAAAGCCUUCUGUCGUCAUUUCUCCCCAGUCUCUCGCUCUCUCUCUCUCACACACACACACCCACUUCUGCCACGCAACAGUAAUAUGAACACCC